AUGUUCUUGAUAGAGAGGAGGCCAAUUGGUGCUUCAUUUUAUCUGGCAGUGUCCUCCCUCAACAUCGUUGGUUAUGGUGGUGAUCACUUUUACAUGUUCCGAGGAAGGUUCAAUUACUUCCUUGUGAACAAUUGGGGAAUAACAAAUAGGCAGAUGGAGAUUGACAAGGCAAUCACAGAGUGUGAUGAUCGAAGGCUCAAGACGAAGUACAGCAACGCUAUCUACGUUAUUCAGAGAACUCUUGCGCUGUACUCAAUUGAGGAGGUCGCCUUCAGCUUUAAUGGGGGAAAGGAUUCAACUGUUUUGCUGCACCUGCUUAGGGCUGGCUACUUUUUGCAUAAGGGGGAGAAAAGCUGUUCUAAUGGUGAUGUAAAAGACUUUCCAAUCCGAACAAUAUAUUUUGAGUCCCCAUCUGCUUUCCCCGAGAUCAACUCUUUUACUUAUGAUACGGCCACUACCUAUGGUUUGCAACUGGAUAUCAUUCGCUCAGAUUUCAAGUCUGGCUUGGAGGCUUUACUUAAUGCGAAACCAAUCAAAGCUAUUUUCCUUGGUGUCCGAAUGGGUGAUCCUACUGCGGUUGGUCAAGAACAGUUCUCUCCUAGUUCACUUGGAUGGCCACCUUUCAUGAGGGUGAAUCCUAUAUUGGAUUGGUCAUACAGAGAUGUGUGGGCUUUUCUCUUAACUUGCAAAAUUCCCUACUGCAGUCUAUAUGAUCAAGGUUACACUUCAAUUGGAAGCAUCUAUGACACAGUUCCAAAUGCAUUAUUGUGCAUUAACAAGUCCUCCGGCAGCAAAAAAGUAUUUAGACCUGCAUAUUUGCUUUCUGAUGGAAGAUUAGAGAGAGCUGGGAGAGUUAAAAAACUUCCUUUGUCAGUUAGUGGGCAUAACCCUGCUGUUAUCAAUGGCCUUGACAAUGUGGACUUGCAUAAGAGUAGCCUACUCACGGCCUCGGCCAUUGCUGUGGGAGAUGAGAUUUUGUUUGGCACUGUUGAGGAUCAAAUAGGGCCUUCAUUGUGUAGAAAGCUCCAUUCUUUUGGCUGGUUGGUAUCACAAACUGCUGUUGUUCGGAAUGAUAUAGAUUCUGUGGCUGAAGAAGUCGAGCGACGACAAUCAACUGAUGAUAUGGUAUUUAUAUAUGGAGGGGUAGGCCCACUGCACUCAGAUGUCACUACGGCAGGAGUUGCAAAGGCUUUUGGGGUUCGUCUGGCUCCUGAUGAAGAAUUUGAAGAAUAUCUGAGGCAUCUUAUAGGUGAUCAAUGCACUGGCGACCGGAAUGAGAUGGCUCUGUUGCCUGAAGGUAUUACUGAGUUGUUGCAUCAUGAAAAGCUGAUUGUCCCUUUGAUUAAGUGUAAAAAUGUAAUAAUCCUUACGGCAACAAAUGCCUUGGAGCUGGAUGAGGAGUGGAACUGUCUAAUUGAACUAAUGAGAUCCGAUGAUGUGCUACUAAUGAUGCAAUCAUUUGUAUCUAAGCAUUUGACAACAAAUCUUACAGAUGUAGAAAUUGCUCAACCUCUGUCAAAACUUUGCCUUGAAUUUCCAGACCUUUACAUUGGUUGUCAUCGCAAAUCCAGAACGGAGCCUCUUAUACUUUAUUUCAAGGGCAAGGACAAAGAUCGAAUUGAAUCAGCCGUAGAAGCAUUGAACAAGAAGUUCUGUCCGGGGGCUUUCAUUGAAAUCAACUCCAGUUAA